CUCCAUCAUAUAUUGGUGAGCCUAACAUAGAUUUUGUGCAAACCUUAAUGAACACCACCCAGCAUUCCCCAACUCUUGCUUCUUCUUCUUCAUAAACACUGAAGCUUUUUUAUGUUGACGUUGGGCAAGAAACCUCUCCCAAUGAUAGGAAAGCUGUCAGAAAUGUUGGUUUCCGGCAACCGUGCCGGGUUUCUCGACGUGGGGUCGAGCCCUAGAGGGCCACUAGACCUCAAGAUGCAAUCUCCUUCUCCGAGUCCUAGAGGGUUGAAGUGCUAUGAUGUUGGUGGUGUUGGCUUGGGCAUAGUAGCUGCCUUGGAAAAGUCGAGUCACAAUGGACGUGAGAUUCUUGCAAAGUAUUGUGUUUGUAGUCACAGUUCGAACCGCUCCGACCCGAUUCCGGUUAACUCCGGUCAAAAAUCCGAUACAACGGGUCUUCAUGCACUUGAGGAAGAAGACAGUGAGGAGAAUUAUACCUUUGUGACUUGCCAUGGAAGAAACAAGUCCAUCACCAAGGUCUACUAUGAUGGAGUUGUUUGUACUGAGCACCGUGUUAGUGUUGAACCCUGUCAUGUUAACCAUAACCAUAAACAAAAACAAGCUCCUGUGUAUCCCACGUCGGAUUUUCUCAGCUCAUGCCAUUUGUGCAGCCAAAAGCUUCAUGGCAAAGAUAUUUACAUGUACAGGGGAGAGAAGGCAUUUUGUAGCACAGAGUGUAGAGCAAAACAGAUUAUGAGCGAUGAGCGCAAAGAACAGUGCAGAUCAGAAGCUUCAAGAAGAUCUGCAGAUGUUUCGAGCUCGCCUUAUUCGAGAGAUCAGAUCUUCUUCUCUACUGGUAUUCUUGCGAUUUAGGAGCAAACAAAUGCAACAAAGGCAGCAGCAGAGUACAUAGACGGCUAAUACUAUCUAUACAAAAUAUGAGAUUUUAUCAACUUGAUCAGCUUUUAUUUGACCCAACCGACACCCUGAGAACAAAAAAAAAAACAGAAAAUUUUGAUGUAUCAGAUCGACCUUACAAGAAGUGAUGACAAACUUAACAUUUUUGAAUAAACUGGCAAAGUUUCGGUUUCAGUUGGAUUAUUGAAGAAAAGAAAGUUGAAUGCUACUGUUUACUGUUUCAGGUAGCACCUAUAAGAAUUGAAUUAGCUACAUGUAGUAAUCGAGAAUUGUGAUACUAAUUUAGCAAAUGCAUGAUCUGGUAUUAAGCUAUUAGGCUAUUAGCA